UUUGAUGUUAAAACGGAUGAAAUAAAGUUAUCAGUUAUGGAAGGAGAUUCUGUCACUUUAAACACGGAUGUCACUGAAGUACAGAAAAAUGAUCACAUACUGUGGUUGUUUCAAAUCAAUAAUUCAGAUACUCGUAUAGCUGAAAUCCAUAAGCAGGUCUUUGAUAUGUAUGAAAGUAAUGAGACAUUUGGAGACAGACUGCAGAUGGACAGUCGAACUGGAGCUCUGACCAUCAGGAACAUCAGAACUGAACACUCUGGACUUUAUAAACUAACAAUUAUCAAAGGAGGGGUCACAUACAAGCGUUUUUCAGUUGCUGUCUAUGCUCCUCUACCCAUUCCUGUCAUCACUAGAGGCACUUCAAACUGUUCUUCAUCAUCAUCAUCUGAAAGAUCAUCAGUGUCCAGAUGUUCACUGCUGUGUUCAGUGUUGAAUGUGAGUGAUGUGACUCUCUCCUGGUACAAAGGAAACAGUGCAGAGGACCUCGAUGAAUUUGUUUUUCACACGCACUCAGCUUUCGCGUCAUGUUUAGCAUAUUGUUGGGUGUUUAUGAAGAGGUUAAGAAAAAUGAUUCACAGCGCAUCGUUCUUCUGUCUGUGUCUUUUCCUAUCGACUGGUGUGUUUGCUGAUACAGAUGUAAUAAAGUCAGUAUCAGUGCUGGAGGGAGAUUCUGUCACUCUAAACACUGAUGUUAAAAUGCAGAGAGAUGAUCAGAUGCUGUGGAUGUUUGGACCUCAAGAGAGGCGAAUAGCUGAAAUCCACAGACAGAACAUCUAUAUAGAUGCCACUGAUACAAUAUUUGAGAAAAGACUCCAGAUGGACAAUCAAACUGGAUCUCUGACCAUCAGAAACAUCAGAACUGAACACACUGGACUUUAUAAACUACAGAUCAUCAACAACAGAGGAACUUCAAACAAGAGGUUCAAUGUUACUGUCUAUGCUGCUCUUCCUGUUCCUGUCAUCACCAGAGACUCUUCAAAAUGUUCUUCAUCAUCAGGAUCAUCAGGUCAGAAUUGUUCACUGCUGUGUUCAGUGUUGAAUGUGACUGAUGUGAGUCUCUCCUGGUACAAAGGAAACAGUUUAUUGUCCAGCAUCAGUGUGUCUGAUCUCAGCAUCAGUCUCUCUCUACCUCUGGAGGUGGAAUAUCAGGAGAAAAACACCUACAGCUGUGUGCUCAACAAUCCCAUCAGCAACCAGACUCAACACAACAUCAACAUCAGUCAACUCUGUCAGCCAUGUCCAGAAUGGGAAGAGGGUUCACGUCUCAACAUUUCAAUAGUUGUUAUAGCGCUCCUGCUGGUGUUCAUAGCUGUAGUUGUAGGUUUGAUGUACUGCCACAGAAAGUGUAAACAAUCGGAAAAAGAAGUUAAGGCUCAAGAGGAAGAGAUACUUUAUGCUGAUACAACAUUCUGUGCAUAUCAGGUUAACAGUAUGGAUGUCAUUGCAGCAGAUCAAACAGAAUAUUCAACUGUUAAGACAUGAAAGACCGAUCAAGCUCAGCCAUCUUGUAGGACAUUUCAAUUCUCUAAUUGCACCACGAGGAUCGAGGAUUGAGGAUCGAGGAGGCUUCCUGAGGAGUCAUGAGCGAGGAAACACAGGUGUAUCCUAUGCGGAAGUCUUUUUUGGGCAAAAAAUGACGCACAUAUAAAUGCUCCUCCUCCUUCACAUAUGUUGUAAUAAUUUACAUUUAUAUUUUACCUUUGCAGUUUAAAUAAACCAUACAUGUCAUAUAUUUCCACGGGGCAUCUUGCUUUAUUAUUAUUGAUUAUGAAUGCCUUAAAUAACGAACUUCAACAACAUAAGGGCAGAUGGUGACGCUUUAAGUGACACUUGAGUGGACAAGAAUAUUCCAAUGUUCAUGAUUCCUCCGUCCUCAUUUCCUUUACUUGUAUCCUUCCCUCAUAUCCUAAGGGGGGUAGAGCUAAGAUGCGAGGAAAGGAAAUGAGGAUGCACAAAUAAGAAAUGAGAAGCACCACCGAUGUCACUUUGAUAACACUGGUGUUUUCCCCUUAUAUGUGUUUCAUUACAUUUAAUUUAGGAGCAGCUAAAGUUAAAGAUUAUUUUCAGAUUAGUGAGGUAGUUUUUGUAAAUAUGUAAAUUUUCAUUUCACUCCACAUUUCACAAUAUUAUUUUGUAUGUUUUUAUAUAUUUUGUAACACUUUAGGAGUGGGUGUCAUAUGUCAUUUCCAUCAGCAGUUUAGACGAUAUAAUUGUGUGUCACGUUAAUAGUGAUGCACAAGAUCUGAUUUGAGCAGCCAGAGCAUCAGGACUGAGACACGAUUGCAUAAACCCCCUCCAAAUGUGGUUUAAUCAGAUUUAAGUUUUUUUU